AUGUCGACAAGCACUUCUUACGGUGUGCCAUAUAAGCCCAAGACACCAAUAGUAACGACCUUCGAUGACCUUCUACUUCAGCUGGAUGACAUUCGCUACAUCCGCGUACAAUGGGCUGAUCCGGCCAAUAUUGUCCGCUACAAAGUCCUGUCCCGCUCGUACUUUGUGAAACUUCUGCACUCAUCGCGCCCCAGUAUCACUAUGGCGUCUCCUGCCUGGUUUUCUGCCGGUUUGGCAUUCGUCCCAGACCCCGAUCUGAUGUUCAACGAGUGGCUGUAUGUCUUUGACCCUAGCAGCUUCCGGAAAUGUACCUAUGCCCCGGGCCAUGCCACGAUCAUGGGCUUCCUCGAACAUAAGACGCCCUCUCCCUCCGGCGGCGUCACAUUGGAUGUAUGCCCACGAACGAUGCUCAAACGUAUCGUUGACGAUGCGCAGACCCUAGCAGGAGUCUCCUUUCUGGCCGGCUUCGAGUCCGAAUUCAUGUUGCUCAGCGCGACAUCGCCAGAACCUGUCUUUGUCAAUACAGCAGAAUGGUGCUACUCGCGCAAGAUACCUGCUCAUUCCGCAGAAGCAGCAGCGCUCGAAGAGAUCGCCGACAAAAUCGUGGAGUCUGGAAUCGAGCUCCAGAUGUUCCACGGAGAGGCCGGUCGAGGGCAGUACGAGAUAGUGACAGGUCCCAUGUCGCCGCUGGAAGCCGCGGAUGCGCUGGUUUACACUCGUGAGCUCACCUACAGUGUCGCGAAAAAGCACGGUUUGCAUGCAACGUUCGCCCCACGUGUGAGUGCACACGACUUGUGUAACGGUGCGCACUUGAACCUGUCCGUGCACACAACGAAACCCGACGAGGCCCGCGCGGCGGACGCAGCCUGUGCCCCCACGCUAACCCCCACCGAGCGAUCUUUCCUCCAAGCCCUUCUGACGCAUCUGCCAGCAAUCUGUGCACUCAUUAUGCCUGUUUCAGCGUCGUACGAGCGCACUCGGGAACAUAUGGUUGCAGGCGGCCCAUACGCAUGCUGGGGCACGAAUAGCAGAGAGGCAGCCGUGCGGCUGUGCGGCGCGCCUGGAGACCAUCGUUUCGAAGUUCGACACCCAGAUGCCGCAGCAAACCCUUAUUUAGUUCUUGCAGGAGUGCUGGGGGCUGGCCUGCAGGGUGUGAAGCAGGGUGCGCUCCUGACAUUCGCAGACAUCCAGAAGCCGUUGGCCCAAAUGACUGAGGAGGAGAAGAACAGUCGUGGGAUCGCGGUUCCGACGACGAUUGUAGACGCCAGAAAGCGAUUCCAGGAGGAUUCGUGUGUCAAGGAGAUGUUUGGGGAUCAUUUUGUGAACAAGUACGUCGCAGUGAACGAGAUUCUUGCACAGUAUGUAAGCGCAGAAACGGAAGAAGCGAGUCUUGCACGUCUAGCGGGAGUGUACUAA